AAACGCGGCCCCGUGCAGCGUUUUUUUUUUCUUUUCACUUCCGUGCAGCGUUUGUUGGGGGAACUUGACUCACACCAAUGUCGCGUGCGUCCACUAGAUUUUUCCUGACGCGGUCGCUGCUCCCACUUCCCCUCCUCCCCCCAAAGUGGCAGCGGCGGCGGGGUAGCAUUCGCGCUACGAGGGCUGUUGCCAUGGCGGCCUCGGGGUUCGGCGGCAGCGAGGCGUUCCGGCUCUCGGCCGCGCCGGGGGCCGGCACACUGAAGCUGCACAAGGGCGACAUCACCCUCUGGUCCGUCGACGGCGCCACCGACGCCAUCGUUAAUGCUGCUAAUGAGCGAAUGUUAGGUGGCGGAGGUGUGGAUGGAGCUAUACAUCGAGCUGCUGGACCAGAGCUAGUGCAAGCAUGCCGUAAAGUUCCAGAGGUCAAACCAGGAGUUCGUUGCCCUACUGGAGAAGCUAGGAUUACUCCUGCUUUCGAGCUUCCUGUCUCUCGAGUGAUUCACACUGUUGGGCCCAUAUAUGAUAUGGACAAGCAUCCUGAGGUGUCAUUAAAGAAGGCCUAUGAAAAUAGCUUGAAGCUUGCUAAAGAUAAUGGCAUUCAGUACAUCGCAUUCCCUGCUAUAUCUUGUGGUGUUUUUCGUUAUCCUCCCAAGGAAGCAUCAAAAGUAGCUGUUUCUACUGCACAACAAUUUUCAGAGGAUAUCAAAGAGGUGCAUUUUGUUCUGUUUUCAGAUGACCUUUACAAUAUUUGGCACGAGACUGCUCAGGAGUUGCUAUCACAGUUUCAGAAAUGAAUGGUCUAUAUGUUGUUGUCUAGUGUUGAGAUGUGAGCGCUGUAGGCAGUUUCCCUGAUGUAACAAAAUGAGUGUAUCAAGCAACAUUUUAAUCUUGAACCAAUGUAUUGCACUUGUGGUAUGAUGCUGAAUAAGGUUUGGCAAUACCGAGCACUUGCAACUGUCAGUCAUCUUAUUUGAUCAUGGAGGGAAGAACUAGUACCUGUCAGAUUUAAUAGAAAUUACUUGUGAAAUAAUGCCAGGUUCUGUUUUUUAGGGGGUAACAUAUUCGGACAGCAUUAUAAUUUUGAACCAUGUAUUGUACUUGUGCUACAAUGUUGUAUGAGCAAGGUUUGGCAAUACCGAGCAAUCAUGAAGGGAAGAA